AAGGGUGAAAUACACCUUUUUGCUUAUCUGUAUAACGUUUGCUCUUGAAAGCAAUAAUCACGGCGUGCGCAGUGGUGCUCGGUUUUUGUCUUUUGCCGUGUUUAAUUAACACGCACGAAGUGUAUGGCAAUCGAUUAAUUUUACAACAGGAUUUUAUUAUUUUUAUUUCUUACAUGAUCCUGUCAAAUUUUUAAAAGCAAACUUCAAAAGGCAGAAAAUGGUGCGCUAAUGACCAUUUUAAACAACUGUCAGUUCUAAAAGUUAGGUCUUUAUCAAUAAAGGUUUGACGAAAUGCAGUCUGUUUUGUAAGCUAUUUGUUAAUAAAGGUUGAACAGCCAGGAACCGGAAGUGACGUAGCGUACUACAGUGCUACCCGACUCUUUGGAUACAUAGCAUAAUUUGAAGAUAAAUCGGCCGCGUUUAUUUAAUAGUUACCCAUCAAAACGAUCGUUUGUGUUAGCUUACCUUCGUUAGGCUCCCUGAAGUUAGGUUGACGCCUGACAACAUUAAAGCAUCUGACGUUGUCGUCGUGAUUGAGUGAUAAUGGCUGAUCCUGCGCGGAUCAAAACUGAGGGCACAUUUGAGAACUCAGCAGCCGGCCAAGAUGAGAAGCCUAACGCCAAGGUGACCGAGGACACACCGUCUCCUGCACCUGAAAAGACUACAGACGAACCAAAAGAGUCUUCCCCACAAGACCAGCACAAACAGGAUGAUGCAAAUGAACCGGCAGCAGCAGAGGAUGAAGAAGAAGGGUCUUCGGGUCAGCCUGCGUCGAAAAGACUGAAGGUGGAAUCAGAAAAGAAAAAGGAGAAGCGGCAAAAGGUUGAUGAGGAUGAAAUACAAAAGAUGCAGGUUUUGGUGUCAUCUUUCUCUGAAGACCAACUGAAUCGUUAUGAAAUGUACAGGCGUUCAGCUUUCCCUAAGGCUGCUAUUAAGAGGCUGAUCCAGUCCAUAACGGGAUCCUCAGUGUCCCAGAACGUGGUCAUUGCCAUGUCUGGUAUCUCCAAAGUCUUUGCUGGGGAAAUAGUUGAGGAAGCAUUGGAUGUUUGUGAGAAGUGGGGAGACACGCCACCUCUUCAGCCCAAACACAUGAGGGAGGCAGUAAGGAGGCUCAAAAGCCGCAAUCAGAUUCCCAACACUAAGUACAAAAACAUUCUGUUUCACUGAGGAGCGCAGCUUCAAAUUAGACUUCAGUGAUGAAUACACUGGCCCCACCCACGAAGAAAGAGGCACCAUUGCUCUGAAGAAACCUUACAAGGGUCCGACUACUUACCACUGGCUGGGCAGACCUCAAGACCAGUGUGCAUUCUGCUGAAGGAACUUUGAUCAAGGACUAUGAAAUAGAUGCAGCAGCCUUUGUUCUCGCUAAAGGUUUGAUGAAACAAUCACUUCAGUUUGGAUGACGUUGUACCGAUAAAGUAUCGUUGUAAAUACAGUAAAUUUUAUUAUUGAAAAUAA